GCAAUUUUGUAGGAAAAUAAACAGUUGUUUGUAAAAAAUCAGCAUUUCUCGUUCUCUCUUUCCACUCUUCAAAGACGCAGCUAUCUAAAACCCUAAUCGAGAGAGCUUUGUAGCAUUUUCUUAAGGUAUGUUUUAAAAGUUGCCUGUUUCAUUGGUUCCUUUUGAUGUCAUGGUGAUAUUGUGAGCUCAUACUGAGAAGGAGCUGAAGGAGCUCAUGUUCUAAGACCAUUUGAAGAGAAUGUAUGGAAGGGCUUCUUCCGGUCUUGAUAGAUUUAAGAAGGCUCAGACCUUGGAACCGUUCUCUGUUUCUGUCAACUCAUCAUCUUCCAGAAAUGGAGCCCAACCCUCUAGUAAAGUUGUUGGUCAUUCCUCUGCUUGGCCUCCACAGUCUCAUGUUUCUGGGCACCAAUCCCAGCACCAGCAGGCUUCUCAGAAGACUGUAGGAGUGGAGGCAGCCCCCUUGUUGGAACAAAAUCAGCAGGCAACUCAGGUUGGGGGAGGGCAGUCAACAUGGCAGCCACCAGAUUGGGCGAUUGAGCCACGGCCAGGUGUGUUUUACCUGGAAGUUUUGAAGGAUGGUCAGGUGCUAGACCAGAUUAAUCUGGACAGAAGGAGGAGUAUCUUUGGGAGGCAAAUCCAGACUUGUGAUUUUGUGCUCGAUCAUCAAUCUGUCUCUCGCCAACAUGCUGCUGUUAUUCCUCACAAGAAUGGGAGCAUAUAUGUAAUUGAUUUGGGGUCUGCACAUGGUACAUUUGUUGCAAAUGAGAGGUUGACUAAGGAUUCACCAGUUGAGCUUGAAGUGGGACAAUCUUUGCGGUUUGCUGCAUCAACAAGAACAUACAUAUUAAGAAAGAAUGAUGCAGCUCUUUUCCCUCGUCCUCCACCACCAGCAGAGAUAAAUUUCCCACCUCCACCUGACCCAUCUGAUGAAGAAGCUGUUGUAGCUUAUAAUACGCUACUGAAUCGUUAUGGUAUCAACAAGGCUGAUCUAGUGUCCAAAUCUGGUGAAUCUGGUAGUUCAGCAAGUGGUAGAACUAAAGACUAUCAAUCUGAAAGACCGGCCAAGAGAGUUAGGAAAACAAGAGUUGCCUUCAGGGAUCAAGUUGGGGGAGAGUUAGUUGAGGUGGUUGGAAUUUCAGAUGGCGCAGAUGUAGAAACAGAACCUGGUCCAGUUGGGGUCAAAGAAGGUAGUCUAGUCGGUAAAUAUGAAUCUCUUGUACAGAUAACUGUAAUACCAAAGGGGAAAGAGCAGACCUCUGCCAAGGAGGCAGAGUCGUCCCCAAAAGGUGUGACUGAUAAACUACAAGAAGUCUUAAAAAAGAUCAAAACCCCAGUUAAAACCGGCAUUUACGAUGACCUUUAUGGAGAAUCAUUAUCUACGAAAGUUGGAUCUUCCUGGGCAUAUUCACCUGCACUCAGUACUGGUGAACGAGUUCCAGAUAAGGACCGUGAAGGAAGUGGAAAGCGAGAAAGUAAUCCUAACACUGUUGAUGGAGAUGAAGAUGAUGAUGAUGAUUUGUUUGGGUGAUCAUUGAACUUACGCAGACUGGGUACUGAGAUACUUUUGUAGUAGCUCUAUAUGAGCAUGACAUCAUAGGGAGUUCAAAACAUGCAAAUAAUUAUGUUGCAUGCUUCUUGUCUUCUGGAGUUAAUUGUUUCAAUGCAUAGCCAUAGAUAGCUAUUGAUUAUUUGCAUUGCAUUCCCCCAUUUGCUUUAAAAGACAGCAGAUUCAUGGCUAAAUGGUGUGUUAACUUUGUAUGGAGACAUUAAGUAUUGGUUUGUCAGUA